AUGACUUCCGUCGACCAACAAGUCUUCACCGUCUAUGUUGGAAACAGUCCCAAGAGGGCGAAGUCCAGUCGCAUGGCUAUUGUGGGCAGCGUUUUCAUCGUCGCCAUGGCUGCUGUUGCGAUCUUCAGCACUCGUGGCUAUCGUAACUCCACUGCUAUGACCACAAAGGCCACCAAGUCGAGCCUUAGGUUGUCCGACUUGACCUUGGCUUCAAAAAUCCUUUCGGUAGUCCCCAAGGCUUCAACUCAGCAAAUGUAUGCCAUGCUGCAGCAGUGGCAAGACAAGCAAGUCUCAGCUCGCAAUGUCCGAUCACAAAUGCUUGCGGUGUUCCCCAAGGGUAUCAAUACCAUGCUCCAGGAGUCCUCUUCCAAAGUUUGCGACAAAAAAGAUGUAAUCAUCGAAAAGUUGUCGUCCCUCUUGAACAAGCUUACAGCCGACGCUAUUGCUCGUAACUUGACUGAUGCAAAAUCUUUUGAAGAGAAGAAGGAAUCUCUCCAAGCUUGGUUGCAGGAGGAAAGCUCGUACAGGCUUGAGUCUGAGAAGGCGAAAGAAGCAGAAGAAGGAGCUACCUACGCUCGUGUCCAGUACGAGAAGUGGAAGGCAUCAUACCAGGAUGCCAAGGAGAGGGUUCAACAGCUCGAGAAAUCUUAUCCCAAGGAGCUGGCCAGCAUUGCUGCUGAGAGAGCGCUGAUCAAGGAGAUUCUUCUGCUUUUGGACACAUUUGAAAGUCAGCCCACUGAUCAGGCAAAACAAACUGGUAAAUCAAACACCUUGUUGCAAAUCAAGGCCAAGCUUUCAAAGCUGCAAGAGUGGGCCCAGAAGUCCAACAAUGCGGUCAAGAUCAAGGGAUUUCACAGUCUGGAACAGAAGCUCGCUUCCUUCACAGAGACGAGCGCGGUCAGGAAGCUCCUGCAGGAUAUGCUCAAGGAGCUCGAGACGCGCGAGGAAGUUGUCAAGAAGGUGGAAGAUGAGGCGAAGGAAGAGAUGAGCUCGCACUUCAACAAGCUCAUCGAGUACGAGAAGGAAGUUGUUGACCUCUCCAACUCCGCCGACAAGGCCAAAGAGAAGUCAGCAGAAACCGAUAUGCAGCGCGAGAAGAUGAACGGCCUGAAGAAGAACUCAGCUGAGUCCUACAACGACGAGCAUGAGGAGUAUGAGACUGUCGCGCCUCCAGCUGAACGAGCCAUCUACAUCCUACAGGUUAUCAUCGAAAAGAUUCAGAGCUUUUGCGCUGCUCCUCCCCCUCCUUGA